UAUUUUCAUCAAUAUUCAACAGCCACAUACCAACGCAAAAACAGAUCUUAGGUGUAUUUAAAACCAAAAUUGUACCCCAGAAAAACCCACAAAAAUCUGUUGAAACAUACAUAAUUUUUUUGUUACAUUCUUGAGUUCAUUCAUUCUACGGUUAUUACUCAUAUUAUAUUGGUUUUGUGUCAAUCAUCAUCAUUGUUUUUGUGGUUGUUGUUGUUAUACAAAUUUGACUCUUUGUUAUUCGUACGUUUUCUAUUUGUUCCUGUUCUUGUUUUUUGUCAUUCAUAUGAUAAAGAAAUAAAAAGUUGUGGGGUGGUUCUGAAAACUUUAUGUAUAUCUUUAUCUUCGGGAUGGGUUAUUCAUGCAUGUCUCAAUGAUAUGCCAGCUGCAACUAACACCACUUCAAGGAGAAUUCAUUCGCUGCUCGAUUAUCGAGCUUAUUCUCUUUUAUGUAUGUAUUGUUAUUUUCGCUAGUGAGCUCAUUGAUGUUGGUAAAGUGAGUAGGAAGUUUGAAAUUGGUUGUUUUGACAUAUACUUUUAGUUAAGUUAAAGAAAUAUGGAAGGAGGUGGUGGAUUGGAGGAUUAUGAUGCCAAAAAACCAUUAUUGUUGGGCUAGUCAAAUGAGCAAGAACAACACAUGGUUAACAAUGAGAAUGGAAGAGGUGAUAUAUGUUGUCGACGAUACUCUUUUACGAGUCUUAAGAACGAUUUCUUCUCUAAGUUGCCUCACAAGGUUCAGCUGGCCAUGGAUCCUGAGUCCCCUUUUGAUCUAGACCUUUCCAAUAGCUCCGGCUUAAUCGAAGCGGAGAAGGAAUACUAUGAAAGGCAAGUUUCAACAUUAAAAUCAUUCGAGGAGGUUGAUGCUUUAGAUGUACCUCCUGACAUCAAUGAAGAAGAAGAAAGACGAGAACAAGUACAACACGAGAGAGCAAUGAACAUAUCUAAUGGAGCUAAUGUUGUGUUGCUAGCAUUAAAGAUAUAUGCAACUAUAAGAAGUGGGUCUAUAGCUAUAGCAGCCUCAACACUUGACUCCUUGUUAGAUCUCAUGGCUGGUGGAAUUCUAUGGUUCACGCAUUUGUCGAUGAAGAACAUCAAUAUUUACCAAUACCCUAUAGGCAAACUAAGGGUUCAACCUGUGGGUAUUGUAAUAUUUGCAGCUGUCAUGGCCACGCUUGGGUUUCAGGUACUCAUUGAAGCUGUGGAACAAUUGAUAAGAAAUGAACCUUCUCCAAAGAUGACGCAUGAGCAGCUUAUCUGGCUGUACUCUAUCAUGCUUACUGCCACAACUGUAAAAUUCGAACUUUGGUUUUAUUGCAAAAGCUCAGGGAACAGGAUCGUUCGUGCAUAUGCAAAGGAUCACUACUUUGAUGUGGUGACAAAUGUUGUGGGAUUAAUAGCUGCAGUUCUCGGCGAUAAAUUCUAUUGGUGGAUUGAUCCUAUUGGUGCUAUUGCUCUGGCUAUAUACACAAUUUCAAAUUGGUCUGGAACCGUUUUUGAAAAUGCAGUUUCUCUGGUUGGGCAAGCAGCUCCUCCGGAAGUCUUGCAGAAACAGACCUACCUAGUUAUACAACAUCAUGCUCAAAUCAAGCGUGUUGAUACGGUUCGAGCAUAUACCUUCGGUGUUCUAUACUUUGUUGAGGUUGACAUUGAGCUACCGGAAGACUUGCCUUUGAAAGAAGCUCAUGCAAUUGGAGAGUCAUUGCAGAUUAAAAUUGAGAAGCUUCCAGAAGUUGAGCGAGCAUUCGUGCAUCUAGAUUUCGAGUGUGACCACAAACCAGAGCAUUCUGUUCUCAUCAAAUUACCUAGUAGUCAGCCUUGAUUUGUAGAUGUUAGAUUAAUUGUUUGUAUCUCUUAAUGCAAAGGGAUUAGCUUAAGUUCUUAUAUGCUAUUUGCUCGAGGAAAAUUUUAUUGUAGUUGACAUAUUAUUUGUAUUUUCCUUGGUUAGGCUUGUAAAGUGAUGAAAAUUGUUUUCUUAAGUUGAAAAGAAAACAAAUUUAUUAUUACAAAAAAAAUGGA